UGCAAUCACUUGGAUUUACUUAUAUAAUUGUGCUUGUAAAUAAAUUUUCUUCCGUCUACCAUGCAGCAGACCUACUAAAACAUCAACAUCUAGUCGUUUUGUAUUUAAGCUUUGCUUUAUAAAAUUUUUAAAGUUUACUCGUACUUGAGGUGAAAACAAAAAAAAAUCAAAUUUUGUUUUUCUCGUUUUUUUUUUAGUCGUCUGUUGAACUUUCUUUAUAACGGUUGACUUAGUUCUUCGUAGUUUGUUUCAAUUUGUACUCACUCUAAUUUCAAUGUAAUUAAUUUUGUCUUCAUAUUCAAUUUAUUAUUCAUAUUAUAUCUAAUUAUUAAUUAUAACGAACUGUGAAAAAUAAAAAUUACAAAUUAAAAAAAAAGAUUUUUAAUAAAAUUUUGGAGUUUUCAUAUUGUUUUUUUGGGAUAAAAACAAAGAUAAACGGAAAAUGUCUGAACUAUUGUUUCAGAAUCCAGUGGAAAGGAUAAUAUCAUUUAUUUAUGAUUUGUUAAUAUUUGGAUUAAAAUCAAUUUUCUUUAUAUUGGAAGCAAUUUAUUUGUCAAUUUUACCAGAUCGUUGGCGAAAAGAAAAGGAUGUUUCCGGAAAAGUUGUUCUAAUAACAGGCGGUGGUGGUGGAGUAGGUCGAUAUUUAGCUCUGAAUUUUGCAAAACUAAAUUCAAGAGUUGUUAUAUGGGAUAUAAAUUCAGAAGCAAUUAAAACGACUACAGAUCUCUUAACAAGUCAUGGAUAUUCAUGUAAAGGAUAUAUUGUAGAUAUAUCCGACAAAGAACAAGUUUAUCAAAGUGCUCAAUUAUUACAAAAUGAAAUAGGGGCUGUCAAUAUUUUAGUGAAUAAUGCAGCUAUAGUUUGCUGUAAACCAUUUUGGGACUUGCCCGAUCGAGUCAUAGAGAAUACAUAUAAUAUAAAUGUAAUUUCACAUUAUUGGACAGCAAAAGCAUUUUUACCGCAAAUGAUGGAAAGAAAUGAUGGCCAUAUUGUAACAAUUGGCUCUGUAACUGGUUUGCUGGGAACAUAUGGAUGUUCAGAUUAUAGUGCGACAAAGUUUGCUUUAAAUGGUUUUCAUGAAAGCUUAUUCACAGAUUUAAGAGCUCAUGGUUAUAAUAAUGUACAAAUGACACUAGUUUGUCCUUAUUAUAUUAAUACAGGUAUGUUUAAUGGUGUAAGACCAAGACUAUUUCCAAUGCUAGAACCAGAUUAUGUAGCUGAAAGAGUAGUAACAGCCGUUAAAAGAAAUGAAGUUUGGUGUGUCUUACCAAAUCACGUUAGAACUUUAUUGCCAUUGAAAUGUUUCUUACCUUCGAAAAUGUGUUGGGAACUAAUGUCUAGAGUGAUCAGAGGUCCUGAUUCAAUGAUGUUAUUUAGAGGACGUGGGAAAGUUCCGGCCGGUUGAUAAAAGUUACUUUAUUAGUUUUAGUCAUAAUCUUACAAUACGAAUUAAUUUAGUAUAUAUAUACAGGGUGAUUCAAAAAGGUAUACAACAACAUAUACCAUUGGUUAGAGGGUCGAAAAUGGGUAAAACUCUUGUUCCAGACUAGGUGCGAAAUCUCGAGGGUUUUCGAGAUACAGGGAUUUUAACGAAUUUUCACGAAAUUUCUACUUAUCCAAGCUUUUUUGAUUAAAACUUCGGUUCCGAAAAAGACAGUUACAGGGAUUUUAACGAAUUAAAAGAUGAAUUCGUAAAAAUCCCUGUAUCUCGGAAACCCCUGAGAUUUCACACCUAGUCCGGAACAAAAGUUUUACCUAUUUUGACCCUCUAGCCAAUGGUAUAUGUUGUUGUAUACCUUUAUAAAUCACUCUGUGUAUAAAUAUAUACAUAUAUAUAUAUUGUAUAA